AUGUUUUCGAGGACAUUAUUGUCAUCUGCUUCCGUGGGUGCUGCGCGGUCAGCGCAGAGGUUCGCGCCACCACGCUCUUUCUCUAGACCGAAAAUACCUACUCUUCAAGCCCGACUUCUCUCUUCAGAGACAAAAGCAGCGAUCGAAAAAGCUAUAGCAUCAGCUCCCGUCGUACUCUUUAUGAAAGGAACCCCAGAGACACCGCAGUGUGGCUUUUCGCGAGCAAGCAUACAGAUUCUCGGUUUGCAGGGAGUGGAUCCGAAGAAAUUCGCUGCCUUCAAUGUCUUGGAGGACCCUGAGCUUCGACAAGGCAUCAAAGAAUACUCGGAUUGGCCAACCAUCCCGCAGCUCUAUGUCGAUAAAGAGUUCAUCGGUGGCUGUGAUAUCUUAAUGUCAAUGCACCAGAGUGGAGAGCUUGCCAAACUCCUAGAAGAAAAAGGUGUCUUGGUCUCGGCUGAAGACUGUUUCUUAUUGUGGCUGUCAGAAAUACAUUUAACAGGGUUAUGCUAG